AGAUGUUUCUGUAUCGGCAUCAACAUAGGAUGAUCUUCCGAGCCAUGUUCACAUUUUAGGUUAAGGCAGUUGACCUUUACCCAAGAUCUUCAGAACCAUUUAAUUUUUUAAUUGAAAACUCUGUGAUAGAGCCUUGUUCACAUUGGGAAAUAUUGUUGACAUUUACUGAACUGCACGUUUUAUUUGUAUUCUCAUCUUGUGGGAGCUGGACUUUGCUAUUGUCAUCAAGAGGGAAAAUUUCCAGAACAUAUCUGGAAAGUAUUUCACACACUAUAUUGCUAUAUAUAAACAUAAACUUAAUUAGGCUCCUUAUUUGCCUAUAUUGGCAUUUUCCUUCAUGACGUUGACAUUUUCUGCAGAAACUCUGUUCAUACAUUUGAGCUACCCUCUCUUCUGAUCAAGAAUCAUUUCAUAUCUAUCUGAAAAGAGAUCCAUCUGUGGUGUGUUCACAUUUUGAACCCUUGUGGCCAUUCAAGUUUGUUUUAACCUGAAUGAUUCCUGUCAUGCUGCGUUCACACUUGUUAUUAUUCUGAGCAUCCUCUGAACUUGGCUUUGACUGCUUAACUUUGUCCUUGAGUGAGCCAGGGUAGUACUGUAUCUUCAAGGAGACAGAAAGUAGAAGAUAUUCAUGAGUAAUUCCAAGGGGUUAUCACACACAGACCUGGAAGUGCAAUCUUGGCAAUCCUUGGAUUACAUUUCCUUUCUGGACUGCUAUCUCAACAGAGUGCUUCAAAUGAAUGAAGAGUUUUCGUAGACUAUUGUCAUAAAAGGCUCUCAAAAGGGAGUGAUUUCUUCUUUAUUGUUCUACAGUUAUUUUUGUACCAAAAUCUCGAUGGAAAAAUGUGUGAAAAGUUGCAGGAAGUCAUGAAUAGUUGCCAUGAAACACGUUCAUACAAGGCUCAGAGGAAAACAAAAGAAUUUAUUCAUGCAUUUUCUAUUAUUAUUGAGUUUACUUGUGAAUUCAGAUUUCAGAAGCAUUGAAUAUUGGAUGUGUCAAGUGACAAAGUGGCACCCUGAACCCGGAACCGUCUUUGGACUUGGGAAUCCCCUUGAAGUCCAACAUCCAUUGUGUCCUACAUGCUUUGAAUAAAAUUAUUCAAUUGAAUCAUCUCUUCGAUUGACUCACGUGCGGAGAAUGAAGAGAACAUUAACCCAUGAAUAUAUAAGCAGAGAUUGCCAUCCUCACAAUUUGUUUUCCUGUUGGCGGCUUCAUCCAGUGAAACCUGAACAUACAGUCCUGUCCUGCAUUGCCAAACAUGCAAAGUCACUGACAAGUGACAGUGUUGUUGAUAUUGUGCUAAUGUAAACAUCAUUACAAGAAUAUGCUAUUGUUGAGCACUGUUUGAUAUUUGACAGGCUACGGACACACCUACUAAACAGAGAGAAAGCUUGGGAGAGAGCCUCUUUUAUUUGCCUUUAUAGCUGCUUCAAGUUGCCAUUCAAAAGAUGGCUUUGGUAAUACCGUGAGGUCAAGUUCACAUGCUGUGUAGAAUCAAGUGGAUUUCAUUCUCUUUUAGUGCGAACUUUCACAUGAAGGCUGUAUUGGGUGUCAGCAUUCUGCACCCUCACAUUGAGACUCACAUCAACGUUUGAUGGAUGGUUUGUAAUAUCAUGUCUGCAAUUAGGCUAUAGGCCUACGUGCUACGCCAUGCACUGCUCAAAUCAGACUUCAUAUUGAAACAUUUACCACAUCACUUUUGCAUGCAUUUCUAUUUGGUCUCACUCACUGGAAUACACCUUGUUUGGGACUCCAUUUUUGCUGGACUCGCGUCGACAGCUCACCUAACCGUUAGUCACCUCUGAAGCAAUUUGGCAUGGAGGUUGCAUUUUAAUUACCGUCAUAGGUACAUGUAUAUCUUCAUAGGGUACUCUUCCAGACACCAUAUGGUCUACUUAUGCUUAUGUCAUCACUGAUGCCGUUCUAUCAGGGAUUUACCAGGACUACACUAGCUCGGUAGUGCAUCUCACUGUUCAGCGGAAGCUUACGAACGCGCGAAGAAACAAAGAAGAAAAUAAUGUUCACCCCACAUUCUGUCGGAAGCAGCAGUCCUCCAGAGAGUUGAUGCAACAAGGAUUUUGCAAAUCUUAUCCGUCAAUGUUGUCAUGUUGCCAAGCUAUUAUCAUCAGAGAUAUGCAAAAUACUGGGAGUGGAAUUGAGCAUUCCUUUUCCAGGUUGUAUUUUCCCUUUGUUCUUUAAAUCGACACUUCAGACCCAAAUUUCGAAGUGACUGCUUUCAUCAUAAAUAAUUCAUUGGAUUUGCAGUUUCCCUGUUGUGGAAUAACUUGGAAUUAACUCAUGUGGAUUCUUAAUACGGAUAAUUAACAGACAAGCUGGAACAUAAUUUUGUGGUUUGGAACAACUUUUUUUGGUGACAGCCCGAAUGUUGGAAUGUAUUAGCAAAGUUAUGUUUCCACAGAACAGGCUUACAAGGAAAUAGCACAUACUAUUACCCCCAUCAUCGUGUGAUAUUUUUGACUAUGUCAUGGUGUAAUUGAGUUCUUUUUCAACGAUUGUGUGGUACAGCCUGUAUUAUAACAAUGGCGUUUUCUCAUCGCAAGAAGAAAACUAAAAGGAACAAGGAGACUGAGAGCACAUCAGAGGAUGAGGCUCAAGUAAAUGGUACCUUGGUAACAUCAUCCAACCAUGUGGAGGUGGUGAAAAUGAUCAAAUCUGGUUCGUUUGUAGCUUUAACAUUACUUGGUAAACCACCUGGGCCACCUACCCCGCCCCCAUCUGGCCCCACCCCCGGGUAUCAACCGACAUUCGGAGUCAAGAAAGACACUUGUAACAUCGCCGCAGCCUGUUACUAUGGGUCUCUUGCGCAGGUCAACCAACGUAAGCCAUGAGGCAUCCUGCGACUGCAACCGUUGUAGGAGUUUAAGCCAAUCACCGGGCAGCCACUCUCCACUUCCCUUCCGUACCCAAAGAAAUUUCUUCUCGGCCCGCGUGAACAAAACGUCUCAACAAGACGCUCAAGUAAAGUCUGAAAGGUUAAACACAUUCAAACGCAUGCUGGAGCAAGAAAGGACGUUAUUAGACCACACGGAAAAUGAGUACUUGAAUAACCCAUCAGAAAAACUCCAAAAGGACAUUAAUGGAAUUAAAACGAGAAUAAGUGUACUCGAGAAACAACUUACGAAGGCUGCUAAUAAUAUGAUACAGAAUAAGGCUGGUGGGAGCAAUAAUCAGCAAUCGUCCACCUCAGCCCAUUUGCCCGUGUAUACAGCCACGGAGGGGCAACACGCAUCGGCUUCGGAUCACACGAAUAUGAACGAAGAAUUCCAGCCUAUUCCAGAAGAGAAAAAGAAUGUAAAAGCUACUGAUGUGAAACGGCCUUGGUUACCGCAAGGAAUAAGCCACCACAGACAGAGAAGUAGUCCGGAGACGUUCACCCGGAUCAACAACCAAUCGCCUACAGCAGGGGUCAAGAGGAACAACUCGGACGCACAGGCCAAGGAGGUAGCCAGGCAGAAGGUCAGAGACGGCAAGGUCAACGUGGUUGAGCCACUCAACAGGGACAAGAAACAGAAGAAGGACAUUGAGGCAAUAGGAAGGACCAAGUCAUUACCAGGAGAGACGAUGGAUCCUGAGUUUGAGGAUGGUGAAGCAGCUACCUCUAAGAUGCUAGGCAUGGAGGCAGUCACUCCCAUGGAGGGAGUGGUGGAAACAAGUCUCAUAGAAUCAGAUCAUGCCAGAGUGAUGACCGACACGGCAGACAUGCCUCAGUUUCACAUGCCUACCGUCGUACAACCGGAGAUGUUCAACGCACCCGCUGUCUCGGAACUCCACUCACUCCAUGCCCCUGGACCAACGCCCCAAGGCCAGAAGAACAUCAUGUGCAUGGAUGAAGACGACUUCCAAUCUGAUAACGAACCGGUGCCUCCAGUACCCCCUGAACUUGAAGAUCAUGGACCAUUCAAUGACCUUGAGCAGCUCCAGAAGAAAUCAGCACACAUGGCUGUAUUCCUCCACUAUCUCAUCUCAAACAGCGACCCUUCAAGUUUGUUUUUCUACCUAGUCACAGACUCAUACGCAAGUGGAAACUUGAGGGAUAUGAAGAAAUGGGUUUAUGAUAUCUUCUCAACAUUUCUUGGAAGUGGAGGGCCUCUGAGGAUACAGAUGAGUGAAAGUCUUGUCAACAAUAUAGAACACACCAUCAACACACAACAGAACAAUGAAGAGGCGAUGAGGAACGUCUUCAUCGCCGCUCGCAACCUAGCCAAGGAGGAGGUCGAUGAUCUCCUGGCUGACUUCCGUCACAAGAGGGCGCUAGGGCUUGGUUCCAUCUUCGGAGACCAGUACCUAACUAACGAGGAUAUGGACAAGGCACAGGAGCUGAAGAUCGUAGAGUCAACGUUAUUACCCCAUCUUGAUAGGUUAACAACAUCUGAGGCCGAGAAGGAGCCCAAGAACCAAGCCUUGGCUGCAGCACUCAAUACCUUCAUGAAGCAAGCUGGGGUGAAGAACCAGACCAGUAGUGCCCUAGAGAGAGCUCCAAGCUUCAUGACCAAAGACAGGAGAGGACCUCUUAAAUUCCCUCGCUCUACCAAAAAGCAAUCUGUGAAAGGUCAUGUUUUUCAGGAGAAUCAGUACUUGAAUACAACAUUCUGUAACCAGUGUAAUGGAUUACUGUGGGGUAUCGGCUACCAAGGACUACAAUGUACAUAUUGUGAAUUCAAUAUCCAUAAGUCAGGUCCAUGUCUAGAGCACAUAACGACGGAAUGCCCUGGAAAAAAGAAAAAGAAAGAGAAGGAUAAAGAGCAUAGAAGAACCAGGAUGAAUUUCCCAAAUGUCGUUGCCAAUAACCAAGGUAAAGAUGACUCCAAGUCAACAGCCAAUCCUAUUAGUCCAACCAGUAAUGUGAUUCACAUGAAAGGAGAUAAUGAGGAACUAGCGCAAAUGAAACAAGAGAUGCACAAUGCUCAAGUUGCGAAGAACAUUGAUGUCUCCAACAUGGUGGACCAGUUUGAGAAGCAGGACAACCUGUCGGUCUCAGCUGACAGCGGGAUAUCAUCACUGGCCUCUCUGGACAACCAGACCCAGGGUGACGACCAUAGGGAGGUAAGCAAACAGCCCAAACAGAAGAGGAACAUCAUCAAACGAUCGGCCAGUCUCAAGUCUAAGAAACCCUCACCAACCAGUCUGGAAUCCGAACAUCACAAGAAGAAGAAGAAUUUUAUCAAACGAUCAUCAAGUCUAAAAUUGAAGGGAGAAGAGAAGAAAGAAGGAAGGAGAAUUAAUGAGAACAAGAGAUCAAGAAGCAUUGAGCCAGGCAGCCAUACAAAAUCAAUUGAAAUAAGUGAUGUUGAUAUGGAUGGACAGACUGUUGCAGCUGUAUUAUCACCAUCUCAAGCCAGUUCAUCAUCAAGUCUAUCAACAAAUCGAAGUCAGGACUCGCCGAGGACAUCAUUAGAACAUCUAUCGCGAGCCGUUGAGGAGGACGAUUCAGACAUUGAAGCCGAAGCGAACACACCUAACUGGCAGAAGAUGAUUGACAAAGAUAUCGUUAGGAAACUCAAACCAAAGGAAGUAAAACGGCAAGAGGUCAUCAAUGAACUUUUCCACACUGAAAAGACCCAUGUCAGAAGUCUGAAGGUUCUAAGAAAGGUCUUCUACUUACCCAUGUUAGACCAGGAGAUCGUAGGUCUGACGAGAGAAACAAUCAACUUCAUCUUCCCAAAUAUCGAUGAAAUGAUUGAAAUUCAUGGGACCCUAAAUAACGCCAUGAAGCGGGAAAAGAGAACGUCGCAUAUUAUCCAAGAAGUCAGCCAGAUACUUUUGGAAAGGUUUAAUGGUGAGGCAGGGGAGACGAUGAAGAGAGUGUGUGCCGUGUUUUGUCAGAACCAGAGUAUAGCCAUGGAGCAUCUCAAGAAACUCGUUAAGAAGGAGAAGGAGAAAGAAAAGGACAAGAAGGAGGGGUCCUUAUCAAGGUUCAUGGAUGAAGCCGAGGGGAAUCCAUUAUGUAGGAGAUUACCACUGCCAGGCAUUGUUGCUACCGGAUACCAAAGAUUAACCAAAUAUCCUCUACUCAUAGAAAAUCUACUCAAAUACACACCUCCAAAAAGUCCAGAGUACGAGCGACUCGGACGCGCCUUAGACAAAAGCAAGGAGAUCUUGUCGUACGUCAACCAAGCAGUGAAGGAGAGUGAGAACAGGUUCCGUCUUGUGGACUACGACUCGAGGAUGGAUAGGACGCCACUGGACAAGUCCAACAAUCCUCUUGUCACGGAUUACAAGAACUUCAGCCUGGCGCAGUAUAAGAUGAUCCAUGAUGGCGUCUUGACAUGGAAAGUCAAUAGGAAUAAAAGCAUAGAGGUCCAAGUGUUAUUACUGGAAGAGUUGAUAGUACUUCUAUCAAAGCAGGAUGAGAAGCUGGUCCUGAAACUCCAUUCAACAACAAACCAAGCAAGGGAAGAGUUGAAGACGCACAGUCCCAUCAUCAAACUCAGCACAGUUUUAUGCAGGCCAGUAGCUACAAAUAAAAAAGCCUUCUUUCUUGUCAGUACCUCGUCUGCGGCUGGUCCUCAGAUCUACGAGCUCUGUACAAACUCCUCCCAGGAGAGACAAUCCUGGAUGGAUGUCAUCCACACCACGCAGGAGACCGAAAGGAAGCAGUCCAAGGGAGGGCGUCGUAACGCAAGGAUAACGCCCAAUCCUAGGCCUCUACCGCCAGAACUACAUCCUGUGUAUGAGGAGACCUCAAAGCCUGCAGAGAAGCCUGAAAUAAAUGACCCACCUGAAGUGGUCAACAAUGUGGUCAUUGCUCCCCAACCAGAAGUGGUCACUCUGAACAACAGCUCAGAUACCAAAUCAGAUUCUGAAUCAACUGAGGAUAUCAGGACUGCUCUAGAAAAAUCAAUAAAUCAGGUACCUGGUGAGGAAGCCUCUAUCUCAGAGAGACUUCAAAGUUCACUUCACAUUGUUAAUAGAUCAAUACCAGUACUAGAUGAAGCUGUUGGGGAGUCAACAGAGAAUGUACUCCUAGUGAAGGCCCUGAACCUAUUAUCAAAGCAACUUGCUGAACUCAACGAGAAGCGUCAUUUAGAGGAACUUGAAAUGAAGAAGCUGAAGGAGGAGAACAGCAACUUACAGUCAGAUUACGAUGAAUUGAAAGCUGAAAGGAGACAGUUAACAGGAGAACUAACAGUCAUGAAACAUGAACUGGGUAACCUGCAACCCGACCCUCUCCAGAAUAACCCUGGAUCCGUAGACUCUAUCCCAAAUACUGUCGAUGAGGACAGACUAAUGACUGACAAGCAACGGAAUCGCCAAUCUUACUCUGGCGAUUCGAGUGCUACCGAGUCAGAGGAUUCUAAAACGGUUGAGUCGUCGGACCCGGAGGAAGCGACGGUUGUUGUGGAUGAUGAGAAUAAGAGUUUAAAUGAGCAGGAUUCCGAUGUUCCGGUGACGCCCAACGAGAUGGUACAGCCGGAGAUCUUCCAUGCGGACACUCAGUUAGUGAAACCGGUAGUGAAUGAGCAGCUCCUGGAGUUGCAGUCUGCCGCUGGGUUACCCAGUGAAAGAACUGAAAACGAGGAGUCAGCGGUGUGUGUACCGGAGGCCUUAGUCACUGAGGAUAUUGCAAAUGGACUUGAGGAACUCAAGAUCAGCGAAUCAAAUCAAGACUAUGAAAAUGGUAACGAGAAGGUGGGUGUUGGGGUGGAGGAUGAAUGUGCCGAGGAGGAGAAUAAUGUGGACGCGGUCGGAGAUGAAGCAAAUUCUGAAGUGCAAAAAUUAAACGCAGCAGUAGACGUUAACAGUAACCCUAAUGUAAGUACUGAGUCAGUCAGCCAAGAUGAUACGAUAAGUGAAGAAGGUGAGACUGAGAACGCACCAGUGACUGUCGAUGCUGACACUAAGGAUUCAUCAUUAGGUGAUGCUGAUCUUACAACUCAAGAAUUUGAAGCAUCUGAUGAACACCAGACCCUUGAUGAGUUAGUAUCUUCCACCAAAGAGGAGCCAGACUCCCACCCGUGCCUGAUUGAAGUUGUGGACAAUGAUAUCCCCAACGCUGAAGACAUUGUCUCAAGCGUAGAGGAAAAGACCCAAGACAACGUUGAGCUUACCCCAGAGGAAGAGCAAAAGCUACAGACCAUCAAGUCGGAUGUAAUCCCGACAACAGUCUUGACGACGGUCCCGGAGCAGACGCAGCUGGACAGUAGGGAAGGUGGUAGCCGACCGGUUAGCCUUAUCUCAGAAGACUCCGCAUCUUCGGACGUUCUUAUCAGCGGAUCAACGGAGGAGAUUGAAGACACCACUGAUGCAGGCAGACCGGGAGACAGGAAUUCACAAGGAGGCCUUCUUGCUCGUGCUAAACGUGUAUUCCAAGAAUGGGUCUAACGGCUGCAUUUCACUUGCUUUAUGCCCAUGCCAUGCAGUCAAAGGUCGUCAAUCAUUGAGGAAACCGAAGCAGAGAUGGUCUGAAUGAGAUCUGGUAGCUAGUUUCUCUGCCAUGGACAUCAAACGAGGGUCGGACUGAUAAAAGCAAACUUCAGCUCCCUCCAUGAGUUUGCUCCUAGGGAUAGAGACUCACCCAGUAGGGGGAAAAACAUCUGAAUCCUCUACAUUGGAUGUGCUGAAUUAUAGCCUCCUAUAGAUAGGCAGGUCCAGCCAUGGACACAUUUGUUUUAUCUCAUAUGAUUCUAUGCUUGUGAUUGAUUAGCAAGAGUACAAUUGUUCAUUAAAGAGGAGAUUCAGAAUUGAUUUUGGACUUGAUGAUCAGGGGCCCAUUGCAGAAAGAGUUGCGUUUAAACACAAGCCAAAAAAUCAAUUGUAAGUUCCAAAUGCGCGCUGUUG